UCAAUUUCCUGUUCCUAUUCCAAUAUAUCCUCCUAGUUUCUUUGAGAGAGAAAUAUUUUUUCCCUAAAAACUAGAAAAAAUGGGAAUUUAUAGAUUGAAGAAAUUAAAUUGUUAAAAAAAAAAGUGGAUAAUGAAGUGAAUAAAGACGGGUAUCUUUUUCUCUGCCUUUAUAACCCCAUCUCUCUUUUUCUUUCAUUUUUGCCUUUUCAGUGGGGGAGUUGCAGAGAUUACGAGUCUGACAAAAGACUAGCUUUCUCUCUUGCAGGGAAUCGAUAAAAAAUCAUAAAUUCUAUAGAUAGGUCGUGUUCAGACAGAUGAUGAUGAAGCACGUGCACACUCAGUUUACCAUCACACCAGGAUCCACUUGAUCAUCCGAAGACAAUCAAUAAUAUCACAUUUAUUCCUGCUGCUGCUCCUCUAAAAGUACCUAUCUUCCAAUUUUAUCUCACAAUUCAUCAACCAAGCAAGCCAACCCUCAAAUGGGUUGAUUCAAAUACCCCGGAUUCAUUGUGAAGAAUAAGUGAAGUGAAAGCACAGAAAAUAACAUAAUUUUUGCAAACUUGUAGAAACAAAACAUCAUCCGAUGGCGACAUACUUUCAUGGGAACCCCGAAAUCCAAGCAGCUGAUGGUCUUCAAACCCUCGUACUUAUGAACCCUUCCUAUGUUCAGUACUCGGAUGCCACUCCUCAGCCGGUAAACAACUUCGUUUUCCUCAACUCAAACUCUCUCUCUCCACACGCUCCACCUCCACACACUCAGCAAUUCGUCGGCAUCCCCCUACCUCCCACCUCCGGCGCAAAUCCAGACCCUAGUUCCCACGACAUCUCCCCCUUGCAUGGCCUCGUCCAGCGCGUCCAUUAUAACUUGUACAAUCCUAUUGACCCUUCUGAUGCAGCGCGUGAGGCUCCACGCGCUCAACAGGGCCUCUCUUUGAGCCUUUCUUCCCAACAGCAGCCUGGUUAUGGAUCACAGGCUCAAGCAGUUUCAGGUGAGGACAUGCGGGUUUCAGACGGGUCAGCUUCUUCUGGUUCAGGGGUGACCAAUGGGGUGUCGGGUAUACAAAGUGUGUUGCUGAGCUCUAAAUACUUGAAGGCUGCUCAAGAGCUUCUUGAUGAGGUAGUUAAUGUAAACAAUACUGGGAUUUCGAAGAGGGAAUUGGCUAAAAAGGGUAGUGGAAAUAAUAGCAAUAGCAGUAAGGCUACUGGAGAAUCGUCAGCGGUGGCCGGAGAUGGCUCUGGUGGAGGGGAAGCAGGUGGGAAGGGCGAAGCCGAGAUGACCACGGCGGAGAGACAGGAAAUUCAGAUGAAGAAAGCAAAGCUAAUAAGCAUGCUUGAUGAGGUGGAUCAAAGGUACAGGCAGUAUCAUCACCAGAUGCAGAUUGUAAUUUCCUCAUUCGAGCAAGCAGCUGGAACUGGCUCUGCUAAAACAUAUACAGCUCUUGCAUUAAAGACCAUCUCGAAGCAGUUUCGGUGUUUGAAAGAUGCAAUAACUGGUCAAAUUCGAGCUGCAAACAAGAGUUUAGGUGAAGAAGAUUGCCUAGGAGGGAAAAUUGAGGGCUCGAGACUUAAGUUUGUCGAUCAUCACCUUCGACAACAAAGAGCACUUCAGCAGUUGGGAAUGAUCCAUCACAAUGCUUGGAGACCCCAAAGAGGAUUACCAGAAAGAUCAGUUUCUGUUCUUCGAGCUUGGCUCUUUGAACACUUUCUCCACCCAUAUCCUAAAGACUCAGACAAGCACAUGCUUGCAAAACAAACAGGGCUUACUAGGAGCCAGGUGUCUAAUUGGUUCAUAAACGCUCGAGUCCGGCUUUGGAAGCCAAUGGUGGAAGAGAUGUACUUGGAGGAAAUCAAGGAGCAAGAACUGAAUGGUUCAGAGGACAAAACAAACAAGAAACAGAAUAAUGAAGAUUCAGCAUCCAAAUCCACUGCUCCAGAGAAAAGUCCCGCAGAGAACAAGGUUAAAAGUUUCAAUUCCAAACAGGACAAUCCCACAAACCAGAAUGCUUCCCCAAUGUCCAUUUCCACUGCUUCAACGUCUCCCCUUGCAGGAAAUGUCCACAACCAGUCAGGAUUCUCCCUCAUUGGGUCAUCCGAAUUGGAAGGGAUCACCCAAGGAAGUCCAAAGAAACCAAGGAGGAGGAGCACUGACCUGUUGCAGUCCCCAAGUAAUGUCCCAUCAAUAAAUAUGGAUAUCAAGCAAAGUGAGGCAAACAAUGAGGUAUCUAUGAAGUUUGGCAAAGACGGCUACUCAUUCAUGGGAACCAAUACAAAUUUCAUGGGAGGUUUUGGGCAAUAUCCAAUUGGAGAAAUUGGAAGGUUUGAAGCAGAACAGUUCGCUCCAAGGUUUUCAGGUAAUGGCGUUUCCCUCACUCUUGGUCUUCACCACUGUGAAAACCUCACCUUAUCCGGAACUCAUCAAACUUUUCUCCCAAACCAAACCAUGCAAAUGGGGAGAAGGCUAGACAUUGGUGAACCAAAUGAAUUUGGUGCUAUAAACGCUACCACACCUCACUCUUCAUCUGCAUAUGAGAACAUCAACAUCCAGAAUCGAAAAAGGUUUGCAGCUCAAUUGUUACCAGACUUUGUUGCCUUAUGAGUAUGAUUUGAACAAAGACGGUUCGGAUUCAAGAAACGUAUAGACAAUGGUUUCAGGGGCCUCUUUCACUAUUUCUUGCUGUUCUCUUCAUUUUCUCUCCUACAGGGAACAAGGAAAAUGCAUGGUAGUGUAAAGAAAGAAGAAAAUUCACCUAGUAUAGGUUUAUACUUUGCAUAGCACAAUUUGAGUCCUUAGACAGUUUAGGAUCUCAACAUAUAUUUGAUGAUUGUAUAUUAAUUUUGUAAGUUUUCGGGGAUUGGAUAGAUGGAUUGAUAUCAUAAGAUUAGUCACUUGGGUAUACCAGUAUAUCAAAUUUUAAUCAAUUUGGGUGUGAUUGUAGUAUUUCAUCAAAA